AGAAAAUAGCGCACCGAUCCACAUUGGAGGCAUCACGCACCUGAGUGACUGGCGCACGCCUCAGCCUGCAUAGUCGAUUCGCCGGACGUCGCCGCUUCACCGCUCGCCGGCUCCGCCGCUCUCAUCGCUGGAGGACGGACACCCACGAACGCACCUUUUGGCCUGUGCUGUUCGCCGUCUUCUCCUGCUCGUCUCUUGAUUGCUGUCUUCUUCUCUCGACUCUUGAGGACUCCAGUCUCGACACAGCCAACUUGGUGUGUCGCCCUCUGCUUCUGCUCAUUUGCGCAGGCUGUUCGUGUGACUGAGCCAAGGGAAAAUGAUUCGGAGCCUGCCACCAGCCACGUCUCUUUCUCCCUCAGUCAUCUCAUUUCUCAAUGCCAAGCUCAGCACUCUCAAAGACCUUGAGCAGGCUCCUCAUCUUUUGUUGGAGCUCCAGAAUCAAUGUAAUGACCUUGACCAAAACCUCUUGGAUCUUAACAAGCAGCUUGAGAACUACCUUUUCGACUAUGCUUCACAUUCUGCACAUAUCAAUGGUCUUCUUGAUGACAUAAAUGUCAAAGUGAAGGAUCUACGGUGUUCCUCUCAUACUGCAUCUUCUUCAUCUGAUGGAGGCCCGAGUAAGAUUUGGGGGGAGGAGUUACCCGCACUGGCAAAGGAGGUGGCUAGAGUAGAAACCGUGCGGAAGUAUGCAGAGACUGCUUUGAAGCUUGACACAUUGGUUGGUGACCUUGAGGAUGCUGUGUCUUCAACUAUAAACAGAACUUUGAGAAGAUACCCAUCAUCAACAAGUUCAGAAGACAUGCAAGCUGUUGCAAUCACCAGUCUUAAACUAACUGAAGGCACUCUAAGAUUGAUUUCGAAGUCCCAACCUCAAUGGACACAACUUGUAUCCGCUGUUGAUCAUAGGGUUGAUCGAGCUUUGGCCAUGUUAAGGCCUCAGGCAAUUGCAGAUCACCGCUCCCUUCUUGCUUCUCUUGGAUGGCCACCACCUCUAUCCACUUCAAAGUCAUCUGGACUAGAAACAAAAAAGUCAAUAAAUGUCCAUAAUCCACUUGUCACAAUGCAAGGGGAGCUUAAGCAAAAGUAUUGUGAAAGCUUUCUUACACUGUGCAGUUUACAGGAACUGCAGAGACAGAGAAAAUCUCGCCAAAUAGAGGGGAUUGAUAGGUAUGUAGACCUACACCAGCCACUCUGGGCCAUUGAAGAGCUUGUCAGUCCCAUAUCAGUUGCUUGUCAACAACAUUUCUCAAAGUGGAUUGAUCAACCAGAGUUUAUCUUUGCCCUUGUGUAUAAGGUUACUCAAGAUUAUGUUGAUUCUAUGGAUGAAUUAUUGCAGCCACUUGUUGACGAAGCUAUGCUCUCUGGAUAUAGCUGCAGAGAAGAAUGGAUUGCUGCAAUGGUGACCUCCUUAUGCAUGUAUUUGGUCAAAGAAGUAUUCCCAAGGUAUACUAGUUUGUCGGAUGAAGAGGGUGUAACUGGACGUAGAUCGAAUGCUAGAGCAUCUUGGCUAUUUCUCAUCGACCAGAUGAUAGGAUUUGACAAGAAAGUGCAGUCACUUGUUUCACAAUCAGGAAUCUCUCUUUCUUUGCAGGAAGAUGGACUACAAAAGCUUUCUUCACUUUCUGUAUUUGGUGACAGACCUGAUUGGCUUGAUCUAUGGGCUGAAAUCGAACUUGAUGACUCACUUGAUAAAUUGAAACCUGACAUAAUGGAUGAAAGGAAUUGGUCAAAUGAGGUUCAAGAUGCUGCUCUUCUUUUGGGGCAAGGGGGCACCAAGUCACCUGCAAUAACCAGUUCCUUUCUUCGCUGUUUGUCAGCUGUCAUUGAUAGAUGCCGGUCACUUCCAACCGUUCCAUUGAGAUCAAGGUUUUUGAACUUGGUAGGACCACAAAUAAUAGAUAAGUUCUUUGAUUCCAUAGUCCUCCGGUCCCAAGAAGCUGAAGGGCUGACAGCACUGACAGAUGAUGCCGCUUUGACUAAAGUUGCAAGGUGCAUCAAUGCUUCUCGUUAUUUUGAGGCAGUUCUAAAAGAGUGGUGUGAGGAUGUAUUCUUUUUAGAGAUGAGACUUGACUGCGAAGAUCUAUUGGAAACUCUAGUUGAGAGUUGUACUAGCCAUGGGGAAUCCCCUGGAAAUGGAUUUUUUUAUUGGGAAAUAAAGAAGCUGGAGGAGUUCAGAAAGGAAUGGGCUGAGGUUCUGUCAACUGUUGUUUUAAGGGGGUUCGAUGUGUGCUGCCGAGAGUACCUGAAGAACAAGAAACAUUGGCAGGAAAAGGAAGAAGGACAUAUAGUGUCCCAAUCAUUUGUCACCGCUUUAGAUUAUCUUCAGGGAAAAAUGUCAGUACUUGCUGAGGUUCUGAACGAGAUAGAUUUUGUUGGGGUCUGGAGAAGCCUGGCAUCCAGGAUUGACACUUUGGUUUUUAAUGGUGUUCUUUGGAGCAACACCAAGUUUUCUGAUGGGGGAGUUGAGAGGCUUGAUAAUGAUAUGGGUGUUUUGUUUGGUGUGUUCAGGCAAUGGUGUAUUAGACCUGAGGGCUUCUUCCCCAAAUUGAGUGAAGGUAUUAAGUUACUGAAAAUGACAAAAAAACAACUGCAGGAUUGUUUAAAAGGAGGGGAAAUUUCACUGAAGGAGAAUGGGAUAAGGCAGUUAACUGUAGCUGAAGCAGAAAAGAUUGUAAGAAACAGAGUAUAGUUUGCAAGGAACAGGUGACUGCGAUAAGGCAUUUUACACACUCAUGCUAUAGUUUGUUUUGUCUCAACAUGAUUAAAUAUAUUAACGUUCUAUCAAAAACUGUAUCUCUCUUCCUAAAAGAAAGUCUCAUACACGUUUUUGGUGAAAAAUGAAGAGUCUUUUGUUACAUGCAACUCUUGGAGUUGCAUAUUUAAAAGAAAUUAUUAUAUUUUGGAAUAUUUCAUUCACAUGCAACCAAGGAAACAUGUCUAAUUAACACAUAUAAAUACGUUUUUAAAUAUGUUUUGUGAAUAGCCACAUCACCAAUAUGACCUGUUAAUCUGAUCAUCACCUACUAAAUUCUAAAUUUGAUUGUUUUUCUAAAGGUGAUGGACUUAAUUCGGUGUUUUUCUAGUUGCAGGGUUUAAUUGACGUUUGUGAUGUACUACGAGGGUCUAUUUAACAGUUUUUCCCAUAAUUUAAACAUUAAAAGAGACAUAGUAUUAACUCAUGAGCAGAAUACAUAUGCAGAAGCAGAGUAAUGUAGUAUUAACUCAAGAGGCAAUACAGUAGCCGGUUAAGAGAAGUCCAAGAAGAAAGAAGAAAAGAACUCGCGAGAUUAAGUCCAACUCAAUCUCUGAGAAGUACAUGACACCAUACUUAAAGAUUAAACAGAAGAGAACUGUAAAGCUGCAGGACACUUAUGCGAUGAAACCUAAUCCCAGAGUCGGAUGAAACAUAUGCCUCAUGAUGCAUGCUUUUUAAAACAAAGUAUGUGGUAUACGUGACGCCAUACUCAGGUAUUGUGGCGAAGCCCUUUCCCAUGCCAAUGGUGAGAAAUGGCGAUCACUAUUUUACCCAUCAACUACUCUGGUUGACAGUGGUGUAUCCAAAAAACUUGUUGAGAGGGGGCAAAUUUACACUAAAAUAGUAAAAUUUAUUCACACAUUUCACAAAUAGCAUAUUAAAAUAUCACAUUAUGAAUAUUGUUUAAUUAGAUGUAGUUCAAAUUCUGAAUGCACAAGUAUGUACAAAAAGACCAGUUUAUAUUACUUGUGUAAAUAUGCAAUUAUCGAACAAAAUUAAAAAUUCCCUUAAUAGGAGUUCAAACAAAAUAAAAAAUUUCAAAUAGGGGUGCCAUUGGUUUCUUCCCAAAAUAUGGCUCAUGCACUCCCUGACUCAUAUUUAGGCAAUUUUUAUUCUUUUAUUCUUUUAAUAGGAUUACAUAAAUCCUGUUUACUCAUUUCAUUUUAGAAUUUAACCAUUAUUCUAAUUGUUGUAGCCAAUUUUUUUCUCUUCUCGGCGCCUUGUUCAUUGUGGCAUUUGGCUAUUGUCAUUUUCAUCAGGUAUGAUAAAUUAACCGUUUUAGCUUCUCUUAUUCAUUGUUGUUUAUCCAACGAUGGAUACGUAACCAUGUUCUUGAUAUCUACUGUUGGCCAAUAACAGCUAUCUAAUUAAAUAAUCUGCAAACAUUAGCUUUUGGAAAUAAGGUUAUGAUUAAGAAUUGGGUCUCUUUGACGAUAUCUUGGACACUUUGGGCUAUUUAAUAUGAUUUUUUUUAUAUUUCUAGAGAACAGAAGAACUACUGUUUUUAGUAUAUGCCAGGUCACACUUCUUUGGAUAGGUGAAAUGUAGCAUUUCAAAUAGAUUUGUUAGUUCUCCAAAAAUAUCUACAUGUAAUACUAGGUAGUACAAUCAACUUUUACAUUUCAUCUCAGUCAAUUGAACAACUUCAAGGAUACUUCUUAUUUUUAGAUUUAGCAACCACAUACUUGUGUGUUUGCUAGAGAAUUUUGAAGAUUACUAUAUUAAUUAUCUUGUGAAUUGAAUCCAAUUCUGAUCCAUGAGCAUUAGGUUCUUAUUUUUGGUCCUCAGCUAUCUUUUUUUACUUUUGGUCCUUCCAAUCAUUUUUUGUGUAUGAUGUAAGCAGUAAAGCACAUGUUUUCAUUGAUUUGUAAAAUUGGUGUUUGUACAUGUAUAGCAAAUUGUUGAGUUUAAUCCAACACGAUAUAGUAAAUAUAUGUAUAAAUGUGUAUGAACAAGCUAUUUUUACGUGGAAACCCGGAAAGGGAGAAAACCACGGGACUUUUUAGGCUAAUGUCCAAGCCCUCUCAUUCUCAUUAGGACUUUCCUCACCAUUACAUAGUACAAUAUUCAAGCUCCCAUUAAUGGAGUUCUAAGCUAUUCUAGAGAGGAGGUAGAAAGAAGGUCCCUCUUACAUGGAGGCUAAGCUCCCUCUUUAUAGACAAAGGGGAAAGGGUGCUCUCCACCCUAAUGGGCCAAACGGGCCAAUAUUGGGCCUAAUGGGCCGAAAUGGGCCUAGCUGCUCGGGCUCCGUACUGGAUAAUGUCUUGGGCUCCUGAACAGUAAUAGGCCGGGAUAAUAUAUCCCAACACAAAUCAUAGUGAUUUGCCCAGAAUUUUUUAGUGUAUGAAUGCACAGUAUUUGCAAGUCACAGUGAUAUAUACUCCGUACAACAUUGUGUAUUGUACAAUUAUACAAUAUGCCACAACAGUGUAAUGAAACUUCAAAACGGAAUAUAACACUAGCUAGCAGACAUCUGGAUGUUAUCCUCCCGAGCAUGGAACUUAGUUUAUGAAAAUUCGUAAUAAAAAUUAGGUUUGAGCAUUUCACCAAAUAUGUUUUUGAGAUGUAAAGUAGAAAGGAUGUUUUCUUUUCGGUUUCUUUUGGGCUAAAAUUUGCUGGUCUGGUUUGAACUGGUGUGAUAUGGUGAACUUGUAAUUAGUGACAAUUACCAGUCAUAUAGUGGUGCUAUAAACCAAUGUUAUUUUAGUUUACCUAAAAGUGAGCAUUGAAAAAAGUUUACUUACUCCGUAUUUUUUUAGUUUGUAAUUUUUUGUACUCAAGGUGAUGUGUUAAUGGCAAUCAGUCUGCUUGAAUAUUAACUGGGACGGUUUUCACUUUUCAGUCCCCGGCCAGGCCAUAUCAAACUUCCAUAGUCAUAAAAUAUAUAAGAACAGACAUUUACCAGAUCACACCAGUUCAAAUUUGAACUUUCAUAUUUGUGUUAUGACUUAUGAUGUAGAUACAAGCAUGCUCACGUGCACAAUAGUCAAUAGAUAUAGGCUAUGUUGCACGGUCUUGGGAGGAGGUAGAGGGGGUCCAUCCGUGCCUCAAGCCUCGGCCCACCCCAAAUUUGAAAACUCUUCCUUUUUAGUAAAAAAAUUUAUGCGAAAAAACUUUUUGUACCUGUCCACCUCAACCUUCAAUCCUGGUUAUGUUUGUGAUCACGGGGUAACGGGAAGCAUCAUCUUUUAAUAGAAAAAUAAUUACUUGGAGAGUUUCUAUAGAUUUUGUGAAAUGUAAUACUAGUGAACUUUUUCUUGAAAGUUUUCGUGUUUCAUGGAACACAGCUAACAUUGUGCACCCAUAUCAUUCCCAUAGGAAUAAGACACAACGUGACACAAAGAUUUAACUAUCCUCUUUUUAAGUAAGCUUUAGAAUGUUUUCCUUUGACGUUUCGGUUUUAUAUCUUCUUUAGCUAACGCCUUAAAUAGUGAUGGCUAGAUUAUAAAUUGUUGAAUACCACAUUAUCACAUUGUUAUGUUCGAUAGCUGCAGUGACACGUAUAGUAGUUGAUAGUGACAUAUAGUAACUGAAAGUGUUAUAAUAAAAUGGCAACAAUAUUCGUAGUGCCAAUUUAUGUGCACUACUAAAUUAUUGUGCCAUAGUCAUAUAGGCUGGUAUCAAUGUUCUUAUUUGCAAAAAUAAAGUUGGAGGUAGGUAUCUUACUAGCUUAUAUUAUACGGAGUACGUAGUAUAUGGAAUUUAUC